AUUUUGUCAAGAAAACAGAGUUUGUUGGCGACCAUUAAAACAAAUCACCGAAAACCUCCCCAGAAAAACAACAAAUACACACUCUUAAAACGCAUUUACAAGAAAAAUCCCUAGUCUUUAAGUUAAUAAUUCGAGACCAUCAACAUGCAGAGGGCACAGAGUAGACGUUCAGAUACUAGCGAGGCAGAGCUAGAUGGCAUUGCUGAGCAAGAGCUGGCCAAGCUUCAACGACAGUACCGAAUAAUGGAAGGUGAUCGCAAGGCCUACAGUGAAGAAUCCCAAAAUACAAUAAGAAAACAGAGAGCUGCUAUCGAAGCACUUCAGAAGGAAAAUGAAGAGCUGAUGAAGGACAACAGACUUGCUGGGAGUGAACAGAAUAUCAAUAAGGAUGCAGUAAAUACUGAUACCUUACAUGAAAAACUUAAUGAAGAAGAUACUUUAAGAGAAGAAUUGCAGGCAGUCAAAGAUGACAUUAAUGAUCUAAGUAAUCAGAUAAGAAUAAUGGAAAAGAAAAUCAGUCAACAAAGAAAGAACAUGGGCGGUGUUCAUAUGAGCCAUGCAAGGCAUGUACAAACACAGAAACAAAUCAGAGUGUUAGAAAAUAGACUGGACAAGGCAAAUGUUAAAUUCAAUAAAGCACUAGCAGAAAACAGUGAGUGCAGAUCUGAGAUAGACAAUUUAAGGAAAGAACGACAGUACUAUGAAAACUGCCAUAAAAAACUGGACAAGGUUUACCAGGAUUACAAGAGACAAGCAAGUGAAUUGAUCGAGACAUCUACUGCUGCUUAUGAUGCCAGGGAUGAAGCUCAAGCUAAAAUGCUUGCACUGAAAGAAAAGAACGACAAAGACAUUGCACAAUACAAAACAGAAUUCAUGGAGUUAGAGCGUAUCAUUGACCAUGAGCGAAGGCUGAAGGAGUUCAUGAGAGUAAAAGGAGAAGAACGAGCAGAACUGAUGGAAGGAGAAAUGAGUUACCGCAAAAAGAAAAGGGAUGAGAAAGACAAGGGAGAUAAAGCUGAGGAAACGAUUGAGUCUUAUGAGUCAGCCUUCCGAAAGAUCAAAGAUUCGACAGAAAUUGAAGACAUUGAUUUGCUGGUUAAUAAGUUCAUUGAAGUAGAAGAUAGGAAUUUUGCUCUGUUUAACUAUGUUAAUGAGUUAAAUAAUGAGAUAGAAAUGGUACAAGAACAGAUCAAUGAAGUGAAUGCCGACAUAGAAAAGUUUAAGAGUGAAGGAGUAGAGAUGGAGACUCAAAGAAAAAACAUAAUGAAAGGUUUGGAAGAUCAACUCAACUCAACUGCCGACAAGCAGGAACAGUUUGAAGGCCAACACAAGCAGACCAAGAAGAUACUUGAACAACUGAAAUCAGGAAUAGAUUCCUUGUUCAACAAGAUUAACUGUGAUAAGUCAGCAAUAGAGAACCUUCUCGGCAGUAAGGAGGGCAUUACUGAUAAUAACAUGAUGCAGUUCUUGGGAAUUAUUGAGCAAAGGACGAAUGAGCUUUUGCAAGUUUAUGGAUUUCAUGUUACAAAGGAGGCUGAAAAAGAGGAACCUUCCGUCCCCGUGGGUCUACUUGGCCAAGGACCACAGCCAGGCUCUAUGUCUGUUAACAUUGUCCCCCCAUCAACUGGUGACGAUUAUGACAGUGAAGACUCUUCAGGCAGUGACGAGGAACAGAGGCCACUAACGCAGCAAGAACUCAAGAAUAAAAUCAUGAAAGGGAUAAGUCGUCGAGAAGCACAGCCCAAGAAAACACACCAUCCUGGUUCAGCUUCUUCAGAUAAGGGAGCUUCGAAAAAGAAAAGGGGUGCUAAAUAAUGACGCAGCUACCAAUAUCCUGUACGAUAUAGCCUGUCUUCUGUGAUCAACUAGAGCCAGUGAAUCAGAAGGCAAAACAUGUGGGCAAUCAACCCAGCUGAUCAUUAACUCGGGAAGACCUAGACCUGUGCGACAUUUAACCCAACCAUCAACUAACUGACCAACAAGUUUUAGAUGAUAAGCCAAUAGACAGAACAGACAAUAUUCUGUGUGCACCCAAGGGUUUUGCAUGCUGUAAGAAAUACAGUAUAAAACUCUCCAAUUCUUCCUCAUACAAAAAAUGCAGACAUUGUAUCUUUUACAUAAACCUUAGGCCUAAAUACAUGCUUAAGAUUACUGGAAUCUAUGGCUAUUUCAAGGUCUAAGAUGAAACAGAAAAUAUUAUCUACCACCUAUUGAUGACAGAUAAGGAAUUUAUAGCUUUGGUGAAAGUUUAAUCUGUAAAUACUAGUGUUUUGUAUAAUAAUUACUAAUAAAAUUAAAUGUUCUUAG